CGCAGCAUGGCCGCCGCGCCGCCCGCCCCGGCUGUGGACAGGGACAAGCAAACAGAGGAUGGGAGGCCUUCCACACCCUCCCCCUCCCCCCAGCCGGCUGCUGAGAAGAGCUCCUACCUCUACUCCACGGAGAUCACGCUGUGGACGGUGGUGGCUGCCAUUCAGGCCUUGGAGAAGAAGGUGGACUCCUGCCUGGCCCGCGUGCUGACUCUGGAGGGGCGGGCGGGCACGGCCGAGAAGAAGCUGGCCGACUGCGAGAAGACGGCCGUGGAGUUCGGGAACCAGCUGGAGGGCAAGUGGGCCGUGCUGGGGACGCUGCUGCAGGAGUACGGGCUGCUGCAGCGCCGGCUGGAGAACAUGGAGAACCUGCUGAGGAACAGGAACUUCUGGAUCCUGCGGCUGCCCCCCGGCAGCAAGGGGGAGACCCCCAAGGUGCCCGUAACCUUUGACGACGUGGCCGUGUAUUUCUCAGAGCUGGAGUGGGGCAAGCUGGACGAGUGGCAGAAGGAGCUCUACAAGCACGUGAUGCGGGGCAACUACGAGACGCUGGUCUCCCUGGAUUAUGCCAUCUCCAAACCAGAUAUCCUUGCGCGCAUGGAGCGCGGAGAGGAGCCUUGUCCCAAAGGCCCAUGGGGCCUGGAGGAGGGGAGUGCGAGAGCGGCAGCAGGCCCACGGAGGCCGGACCCUGGCCUCCCUCCAGACCUAGAGCACACCCCGAGCCCGGUCAGCGCCGCCCAGGAGGAGCCACGAGAAGGCCAGGCUCCCCAGCGCCCGCCAGACUCGGAGUCGGGAGUCGUCCCGGCUGGGCCCAGCACUGGGCCUGCAGCCAGGGCUGGCGCUUUGUCCUCCAUCAAGCAGGAGGAAGACUCUUCAGAUGGGGAGCUGGCAAUCUUCCCUCCCAGGGACCUGGGGCCAGGCGGAGGUGCGGUGGCGAUCAAGGCAGAGGUGUCCUCUGAGGAUGAGAUGAUGCCGGAGCAGCUCCUCCUGGGGGCAUCCCCCAGCCAGCCCCCGCGCAGAAUUCCCAAAGGGCCCCAGAGCAAGACGGGGGCACCCAGCCGGCUUCACACCUCCGGCAUGCCAAGGGUGCGAGCAGGGAGCCCUCGGGCUGCAGGAGCUCUGGGGGAGCCGCCCCGCGUCCUCCCUCGCCGGCGGGAGCGGACCUUCCCUUGUCCUGACUGUGGGCAGAGCUUCCGACUCAAGAUCAACCUGACCAUCCACCAGCGGACUCACGCGGAGGAGCAGCCCCAGGCCGCCCAGGCCAGCUCGCCCCCAGGCUGGGAGGAAGCCCACUCCACACUGGAGCCAGGAGAGGUGGUGGUGCCCGGCCCGGUCAUCCGCUGGCUGCCAGAGGAGCCUGAGGGCCGCCGCUCGCUGGCAGGCCGGGCCUUCGGGGGGCGGCGGCCAGUGGCCACCAAAGUAUACCACUGCAGCGAGUGCCUACGCUUCUUCCAGCAGCGCAAGAGCCUGCUGCUGCACCAGCGCCUGCACACCGGCAACAGCCAGGGCUGGCCCUCCUGUCCCUACUGCGGCAAGGCGUUCCGCCGGCCCUCGGACCUCUUCCGCCACCAGCGCAUCCACACGGGCGAGCGGCCCUACCAGUGCCCCCAGUGCGGCCGGGCCUUCAACCGGAACCACCACCUGGCCAUGCACAUGCAGACUCACGCCCGCGGACAGUCCGGACGGCCCUGCCCUGUGUCGGCCCACAUGGGGAGCCCCACCCGGCGACCCAGCCGCCUGGAGGAGGGCUAGCCAGGCAGGACCUGGGGGGAAGUGGGGGCCCUAAGUGGGCCUCUCCUUGUGCCUGAUGCUGGCUCCUGUUUGGAGAUGGCUUUGGAGAGGGAGUUUUGUUUUGCUUUGUUUUUUAGAUUUAUUUAUUUAUACAAGAACUGGGGUAUAGGCCAGAUGUGCGGGAGGGUGAGAGAAUUCACCAGAGACAGAGUGGGGAGCAGAACAGGCAGAUGGACCAAAGACACUGCUGAGGGGAGCAGUGGGCGAGACAAGAGAGGUCUGCCGCACCCUGUGGGAAUCUUCCCCAGCUGGCCGGGAAUCGAACCGGUGCUGCAGAGGCCCAGACGGCUUCACAGCACCGCGCUCAACCUGCUGCGCCACCUGGGAGGCCCUUGUUUUUUAAUUCACAUGGGAGCAGCGGCCCUUUCUGUGUGACCGGACGCCUCAGGGCCUCAGGGCCAGUAUGUGUUACUCUGCUGCCGCUUUACAUUCCCGAUUAUAGAGGACCCCUGAAGGCUUAAGGGAUGCCGGGUUUUGGAGGGGCCCUUUGGAGGGUACCUGGGACAGACCCUUUGCUGGGUGAGUGGAUCAGAGACAGUGGCCCUUCCAGUAGGGGACAAUGGCGGCACAGAGGGCCCGGGCUCUGACAACAUGGAGGGCUCCCCCCUGGAAGCCUGGGGAUCAGCAGUGAUGGGCACUGGAAAGUUGAGUUUUCUACUUUUUAUUUUGGAGCUUUUCUUUCUCAUGAAGUUUUUCUAGUGCUCUGUUAGUGUGGUAGUGGUUGCGAAGGGGACCAGGAGCCACCUCCUGUGUGGGGGGAGGGCAGAGGGGCCACCCAGGGCAGCCUGGGUGGUGAUGGGGUGUCUUGGCCGUGCCCAGGAAGUCAGGGGCCCUCCCAGGUGUGUGUGCUCGGCCCAGAGUGACUCCUGGUAGCCUGGAUUUCCGCCAGGAGCUGUUCACGCCAUAUUGAUGGCCAGUUGAGGGUGAAAAUGAGGACGACUCUUCCCUGACAUCUCAGUGUUCCGUGUGUACACCCCUCAGAUCGGCCCCCAUGGGGCAUCCUGGGUGGGGGUGCGGUGGGGGGUGCAGAACAAGCCUAGCAGGUACCUUCCCCAGGAGAGAUCCUGGCCCCUUGUGAGGCUGAUCUGUCACAUCACAGGGGGAGGCUGUCCCUGAGAACUUGGGGUGCUGUGGUGUUGAGCCAGGAGCGCUCCUUCCUUUCCUGUCAGAGGGGACGGGGGAAAUGACCACAGUGCUUUCUGCUUCACCUUAGGGUUGUCAGGCCCGGGGACAAGUAGGAAGCCUGGUUUUCCCUUCCAGAAGUUCAGCACCCCUUUCUCUCCCAUGUCGAUCACCAGCCCUUCCCUCUGGCUGGAACCCCAGGAAGGAAUCCCUGUGUAUGGAGUGAGCGGCAGGGCUGCUGGGCGCAGAGGGAGCCCCCUCCCCAGUGGGUGACUGCCAGGAGGAGCUCCCCUCACUCCCCGCCUUGUGGAGAAUCCGUCCCACACCUGCUGCUUGGGCCUCGAGUCACCCCUUAGGGUGCCAUCUUCACACCAGCUCUGCGGGUGGGUGACCGGAGCUCUGCUGAUCAGUGCCUUACUUGUCUGGCCUAGUGUGAGGUGGCCGGUGCCCGCCUGCGCCCGGGGCCCUGGCUGUGCCACUCUGCCCUUUCUGAACUCACCCCCCCCAGAGUCAGGGGCAGCGAGUAUAAAGUCAGGCCCGGCCAGCACCCCCAUGGGGAAGGAGAGUGUCCCCGUCCCUUGCUGUGAGUCUGCUGGUCAGCUCUGGCGCCCCCCACCCCCCAGGGGCCCCACGAGUCAGGUCUGGGCCGGGAGCAAGUGCUCGGAGGGGACCUGGCG